GGUCUCGUCCGCGGUCGUCCCCACCCCUCAGCGCGCUGUGGUACGUCCCACGCUCCGCUUGGCCCAAGAUGGCGGCCUCCGUGUGCAGCGGGUUGCUGGGGCCACGGGUGCUGUCCUGGAGCCGAGAGCUGCCUUGCGCUUGGCGCGCCCUGCACACCUCCCCGGUCUGCGCCAAGAACCGGGCGGCCCGAGUACGCGUAAGCAAGGGGGACAAGGCGGUGACCUACGAGGAGGCACACGCGCCGCACUACAUCGCCCACCGUAAAGGCUGGCUGUCGCUGCACACAGGUAACCUGGAUGGAGAGGACCAUGCCGCAGAGCGAACGGUGGAGGAUGUUUUCCUUCGCAAGUUCAUGUGGGGUACCUUCCCAGGCUGCCUGGCUGACCAGCUGGUUUUAAAGCGCCGGGGUAACCAGUUGGAGAUCUGUGCCCUGGUCCUGAGGCAGUUGUCUCCACACAAGUACUACUUCCUCGUGGGCUACAGUGAAACUUUGCUGUCCUACUUUUACAAAUGUCCUGUGCGACUCCAUCUCCAAACUGUGCCCUCAAAGGUUGUGUAUAAGUACCUCUAGAACAAUCCCCUUUUUUCCAUCAAGCUGUAGCCUGCAGAGAAUGGAAACGUGGGAAAGGAAUGGUAUGUGGGGGAAAUGCAUCCCCUCAGAGGACUGAGGCAUAGUCUCUCAGCUGCUAUUGAAUAAAGACCUUCUAUCUUG